GUAACCUCAAUGUCAUAAUAAGUAUAAUGGAAGAAAAUAGGAAGUCUCGUGUUAUUCUUGAAGAAUAUGGUAUACCUAAUGCCUCCGAAUAUACACAUUAUCAACCACAACAGGAUUGGAAUUUACAUAAUUUCAAAAAGGAAUUCAGAAUACAAGUUAUCAGAGAAUCUGAAGAUGAACGGGAGUUAGAAUUUGAUUUAAUUGGUUACCCUGUUGGCUUUGCUAAUGCAUUUCGUAGAGUUCUUUUAAGUGAGGUACCAACUAUGGCUAUAGAAAAAGUUUAUAUUAUAAAUAAUACAAGUUUAAUUCAAGAUGAAGUUCUUGCUCAUAGGUUGGGUCUAGUACCACUUCGAGCUGAUCCAAGAUUAUUUGAAUAUCCCUCUCCUAAUGCUAAAGAUGAAGAUGAAGUUAGUGAUCAAGAUACAUUAAGAUAUGAACUGAAAGUUUCAUGCACUUGGAAUUCCCAAGCUCCCAAAGAUGCUCGAAGGACAAGUGACAUGUAUAAAAAUAGCAAUGUGUACAGUAAAGACAUCAAAUGGGUUCCAAUUGGUCGUCAAGCAGAACUUUAUCCUCAGGGAACAGAGCAAUUAGGUGUUCUAGAAAAUGAUAUUUUAGUAUGCAAAAUGCGCCCUGGCCAAGAAAUUCAUGCUUUUAUGCAUGCAGUUAAAGGAAUUGGGAAAGAUCAUGCUAAAUUUUCUCCUGUGGCCACAGCAUCAUAUAGAUUAUUACCAGAUAUACAAUUAAUAAAACCUGUUAGAGGAGAAAUGGCUGAUCGUUUAAAAAAUUGCUUCAGUAUUGGUGUUAUAGAGGUAAUUGAACAUAAGCCAGGUGAUCCAGACUCUCGUGAAGCAAGGGUGAAAAAUGCCCGCUAUGAUAGUUGUUCUAGAAAUGUAUUUCAACACGAAGAUCUUAAAGGAUGUGUACGAUUAACUCGGAUAUCUGCUAAGUUUUGUAUAGCACAGCUUCAGGACAACCAGUUGGUAACAUUAAGCCAGAGAGAUGAAUGGAGUAAACAAAAAGUUCACAUAGCCGUGUAUUAUGAGGCAUUAUGUCCAGAUUCACGCAGUUUUUUUAUAAAACAGCUACUGCCAACGUAUCACAAAAUUCAAGAUAAUAUACAAAUAGAAUUAAUACCAUAUGGGAAAGCUACGACAGUAAAUACAGAAAGUGGCUAUGAAUUUAUGUGCCAACAUGGACCUAUUGAAUGUAAAGCAAAUAUUAUUCAUGCAUGCUCCAUAGAUAUUCUGAAGAAUUCUUCCAUCCAAUUAGAGUAUAUAUCUUGUAUGAUUAAAAAUAACAGAGAGCCAGUGAAUAUCAUGGAAAUUUGUGCAAAGAAAAUGAAUGUAGAUUAUAAUCCCAUUUUUAAGUGUUUUGUUGAAGAUAAGGGCAAAGAACUUUUGGCUAAGUAUGGAGAACUUACAAAUUCUUUAAUGCCAAGAAUUUCUUUUAUACCAACUGUUAUACUAGAUGGGAGUGCUGAGAACCAAGCAAGGAUAUUAAAAAAUUUACUGCAAGAAGUGUGCUUACAUUUUAAAAUCAUGCCAGAAGGUUGUAUAUUGUAA